AUGAGCGAGCUGCUCAGAGAACGGGAUUUCCUGGUUCAAGUUGGAUACUGCGCUUAUCAGCUGAUUUCGAAUAAGAUAUCAGAGAUCUAUAUCGCGAAUGGCUUCGCCGACAUUCUGCGACAUCUCAGAAUGUCAGAAUCAAAAACGUGUGACUUGAGCAACUUUCCAGCUGAAGUAUCGCUAAAAGUUCUAAAAUAUCUUGAUGCGACAGACUUGUCCCUCGCGAGUUGUGUUUGGUCUGAACUCGGCUCAGAUGGAUCCGUUUGGGAGAAUCUGUGCAAAAGAACUUGGAAAAUCCCCGAUUCUCUUUACAAAAACAAGCCCAAAAGCUGGAAAUCCUUGUAUCUCCUUCUCGACGAGUCAUGUGUUCAAUUCAACGUAGAGCCUGAAUGGGGACUCAAGUUUCUUGACGAAAAAGAGCUGCUGAAAAGAACUGAUUCGCGAGGAAUCGCACAGUUUAUAAAUGGUACAACAAGGCUUCAUUGGAAUCAAGUCAGGAGUUUUUUGACUUUGAGGAAGAACACUGAUGUUUUGGAGCAUUUGACCGGAAUGAUGAAUUUCAAGGAUCAAUUUUUGCCGACAAGUCUUCGAAAAUUCUUCGCCAUGUUCCAUGUCCCAGUUCUUGGCGACCGGCAACGAAUGGAUACUGUUCUCGCCAUCUUCUCCCGAGAGUUUUCGACUCAAAACGCUCAGGACUCCCACGUGACUUUUGAUGGAGUGUCGAUCAUCGCCUAUGCUCUGGUUUUAUUGAGCGUUGAUCAAUUUGCCCUUGCGGGACAAAUAAGAAAUAAGAUGAGCAAACGAGAGUUUAUCAAAAAUACUCUACGAGCUCUUGAAAAUGCUGAUGCUAGCUGCGAAAAAUUUACGUCCGAAGUUGGAGAUUAUUAUGACAAUGUCUACUUACUUGGCCAUAUUGCUCCGGAAAAGUGGGACUGA